CGGGGCCACAGCUUCGACCUGCAGCGGAUCCCGCAAGAUUUGGGUCGACGUCCUUGGCCGCGCGGUACGCCAGUGGCAUGCGCUCGGCGUGCGCGCACGGUGCGCCCCUCGGGGGGCCCCUCCUCGCCCUCGGCUGUGCACCUCCUUGGCUCAAGUCGGCUUUGCCGAGGCGCUGCUCUGCGCCAGAGGCCAGCGACGUCCAGUGCGUGUGCGUUCAGGCCUCGCCGCCGCCACAGCCCCAGCGGCGGGAUGCCGAAGAUCAAGGCGAAAGUCUCCGGCAAGGGCAACGUGGCCCUCACGGCCGAGCUGCUGCGCAAGACCCGGCUCUGCGUGUUCUACGCGCAGGGCGCCUGCUCCCGCGGCGACGCUUGCACCUUCGCGCACGGCAGCAGCGAGGUCGCCGCGCGGCCAGACUUCACGCGCACUCAGGUGUGCGAGACGUUCAAGACUACAGGCCAUUGUGCCAAGGGGGACGCGUGCUUGUUCGCACACAACGUCGGCAACCUCAAGAAGUGGGGCCGCUGCGUCCCUGGCGCGGAGAGGGCGAGCCCCAAGCGGGACGCAGGACCGCGGUGGACCUCCCUGGACAGCCUCGGCGCCCAGUGGCCGCCCGGCGACUGGCCCGCGGGAGCGCUCGCCGGCGGCCGCCCCGUGGCGCCUGGCGGCGGGCCGCCCGGGCGGGCCGCCCGUCCGCGGGCCGUGGACCAGCCGCCCGGCAACCACAAGCUUUACGACGACUGCAGCUCCGCGGAUGGGACAGCCUCCACGGGCACGGCCUCCAUGAGCACCACCCUGGGCGCGUCCUCCAUCAGCAUGGCCUCCGUGUGCGCGGCAUCCCUGAACGGUGCGUCGAUGAGCAGCAGUGAGAGUCUGGAGGCCGCGACGGUGGCGAUCCAGGCCAUCCGCAAGUGGCAGGGGCGCGGUCACGUCCUGGACAUCGCGGGGCCGCCAGGUCUGGUUGCCUGCGAACUCUACCGCCGCACCAGCUUCUACCACGAGCAGCAGAAGAACUCCCAUGCGCGACUCGAAGUCGGGCACUUCGAGGUGGGUUGUGGGGAAUCCAGUCCUGUGGAGGGUGACACCACCGACGAGGAUGUUCAUCCCAAGGAGUUCCCGCCUCCGCCGGCGCAGCCGCCGCCGCCACCCCCGCGCCAGUGGCUGGGGGAGCCGGCGACAGUCACGGCAGCGUCGUGGCGCCUCUGACGCGCCGCGCCACGCGCCGCGCCGGGCUCCGCGGCGCCCCCUGGCGGCGGUCGCCGCCUCUUCGGCGGAGGAGGACG